GGAAGCAGGAAGUGAAGCCCCGCUGUUUCCGGGUUGACUUUUCUACAUCAGCUGAACUCGGUCCGGGGGAAUGAUGGCCGGGGACCCUGUGCUGUCUCUCCGGGUCUCGGACAUCAAGGACCCGACGGCUCUCUUCGAGCGUUACAGCACCGAGGAGAUCCGCCGGAUCGAACGGAAGGUCCGCGGAGAGAUCGAGCAGAAGAAGGAGGAGCUGAGGCAGAUGGUCGGGGAGCGGUACCGGGACCUGAUCGACGCCGCCGACACCAUCGGGGAGAUGCGCCAGCGCUCCGAGAGCGUGGUGGAGUCCAUCCAGGACAUGCAGCAGUACUGCCACACGCUGAAGCAGGGCAGGAACGGCAUGGGGGGAACCAGGCAGGAGAACCAGAACCAGGGGCAGUGGCAGGAGAAGUUCUAUACCAUGGCUUCCCAGAUCAAGCUCCUCCUGGAAAUCCCAGAGCGCAUCUGGAGCGCUAUGGAGGCCUCCCAGUACCUCCAAGCCACCCAGCUGUACCUGCUGUGCUGCCACCUGCACGGUCAGCUGCAGCUGGAGGCAGCAGCCGGGGGGCUCUACAGCCCCGUCCUCGCCCGCUUCCCCAUCCUGGUCCGGCAGGUCGCCACCACCGGACACUUCAGGUCGACCAUUCUCCUGGACAGUAGGUCUCUGCUGCGUGGACGGGCCGUGUCUGACCAAGCUAUCGCUGAGGCCCUGGUGUCCACCAUGCUGCUAGAGGACAGCUCGCCACGCCAGGCCCUGGCUGACUUCCUGUUGGCAAGGAAAGCCUCCAUCCAUCAGCUGCUGAACCAGCCUCAACAUGGUGCAGGGAUCAAGGCUCAGGUGUGUAGCCUGGUGGAGCUGCUGGUCACUACGCUCUUCCAGGCCUAUGCAGUCUUCUACAUGCCUCCUGAGGGGGUGCCCAGACCGGGAGAGGGAGUCCUGAGCUGUGGGAUGCUCUUCUCCACCCUGGAGAACGUAACGUCUUCUACUGCUACUGGUAAAGGCAGGAAGGUGCUGCAGGAGGAGUGGAGUACAGGCAGCUGGUUCAGGCACCUGCCUCCGUCCAUCAGUGAGUUUCAGCCCACCCUUCGCACCCUGGCUCAGCCCAUCCAGACGGAGCAGCUCCGGGACACCCUGCAGCAGUGGAUCAACACCUGCAAACAGGACAUCUGUCACGGUGUUGGCACUCUUCUGGUCUACGUGAAGAGCCUGAAGGGUCUGGGGGCCAUUAGAGAUGCAGUGUGGGACCUUUUAUCCACAGACUCCAUCAGUCAGCACUGGGGUAACGUGUGUCAGCAGCUCCUGGGGCGCCCCCUGGCGGUGUGGGAGGACUUCUUGCAACAGCUCUUCCUUCAGCGCCUGCAGACCAUUACCAAAGAGGAAACAGAAGCCAUCGCAGCAAUCUCAGUGCAGCUCCUAACCUCAGCUGUGAGGGACAUGGAGGACCAAACCAUCCAGUCCUCCUCGGGUAGCAACCCCGUCCCCAGUCGUGUCGCUCAGUAUGAGGUAGACGUGGCCUCGUUUCUGUGGUCCGAGUCCCCAGCGGACCUGCCGAGUGAUGCAGCCUGGAUCAAUGUGGCCCAGCGGGGCCAGCAGCAGCAGCAGCAGCAGAGGAGUGGCCUGGCCAUGAAGACGCAGGCACUGACGCCCUGUGUUCAGAACUUCUGCUCCUCUUUGGAUGCAAAGCUUAAAGCCAGGCUGGAUGACCUCCAGCACUAUCUUCCCUCUGAAGACACAGGAUCCCGCCCCAUCUCAGCCACGCCGUCUUCCUCAGGACCUCCUGACUCUUCCUCUUCGUUUCAUCGUUACACGGACGCCCCAGCGGUGGAGGAAGCUCUGCGUGACGGCUGUGUGAGCUGUGUUCGCCACAUCCUGUCCUCCAUCCGCUCCCAGCUGGACUCUGCUCCCACCUGCCUCAGCGCUGUCCUCUUCAUGGCCAGGUUGUGCCAGUCCGUGGGCGAGCUCUGCCCCAGCCUGAAGCACUGCAUCCUGGGAAGGCAGAGCACAGGGGACGCCGCGGCGAAGGGGACCCCCAGGCAGGGCAAGAAGCUGGGCAAAUCCAAGGCUGCCGCAGAGGUCAGCCCAGAGCAGGCCAAGUGGGCGGGGCUGAAGGAGGAGCUUCUUGGCUGCAGCAUGGAAGCUUACCGCAUCUGGAGCUCCGCCCUUGCCAAAGGGCUGGUGGCAACGUUUGGCGCGGCUUUGCUGGCAGAGUCUGCUGGUGCAGUCCUGACGACCGCAACAAGCUGGGAGGAUCUGGAGAUCCAAGAAGAGUCUGAAUCAGGGAACAGCGUCACAUCUAAAAUCCGUCUUCCAGUUCAGCCAUCUUGGUUCGUGCAGUCUCUGCUGUUCCAGCUUUGCGUGGAGGUGAACAGGGUGGGGGGCCAUGCCCUUCCCCGGCCCACCUUGCAGGAACUUCUUCAGGCCUGUCUUGUCCAAGCUCUGCAUCACUACGACAUGCUCACAGAACAAACACGGGACAGGGAGGGCGUCCUCCCUAUUACUCAGAACCGAGCCUUGCAGUUGUUGUUUGACCUUCGUUACCUCAAUACCACACUGAGUGGCAGACUGGAGGAGGGCAAGACAUCUAGAUCCCAGCAAGAUCCAAGAUUCCAUAAGAUCUGUGAUUGGCUGGAAAGCUUCAUUGACCCCUUUGACCUGGAUGUGUUUACACCUCCACUGAACGCCAAUCUCAACCGGCUGUCCCAGAGGACCUCGGUGCUGCUUGGCCUGCUGACUGGUUCAGAGAAGCAGUUUGCCCCACGGAGCAGCACUGGGAGCUCCCAGGAACCGUACAACAUUCUGCCACUGGCCAGCAGUCAGAUCAGGUUCGGGUUAUUGCCUCUCAGCAUGUCAAAUGCUCGGAAAUCCAAGUCCUCCUCCAGGGGCUCAGAAGUUUCUCCAAACCUGGCCCCUCAGUCCUCUGCAGCAGGAAGUGAUGACACGUUCCGGCCGGGCAGUCUCUUCAGACAGCUCGCUGAUCAGGAGGAUGACACAACAUCGCCUUCCCUCUUCAAGCUCAGCUGGCUGUCCGGCAUGGCCAAAUAACCCUUUAUUGCUUUUUAUGUUAGUGUUUGGGAUUUGUAAUGAAAACAAACUGUACAGUAAAUCAUCCUCUGACA